CAAACCCAACUCCCGUUCCCGCCGAUUGGAAACCUAACCUUAAAUGAGAAGAGUGAGAAGAAAUGAAGUAAAGAGAAAGAGAAAUGGCAAUGGAUUCAGGCUCAGCGGAGGAAGAGAAGGCACGAUCACCCGAAUUACCGAGAGUUAGGGUGAAGAAGAUAAUGACUGUGGACAAAGAGGUACAGAGAGUGAGUUCAGAAGCGUUGUUCCUGGUGUCCCUCUCCACCCAGCUAUUCCUCGAAUUUCUUGCUGAAAACUCUGCCAAGAUCGCCAUCGACAAGAAACGCAAGACGGUCAACCUCGAGCACUUAAGAAUCGCUGUUAAGAGGCAUCGCCCAACCUCUGAUUUUCUUCUUGAUUCGCUUCCAAUGCCAUUGCCUGCUCACAAGCCUGAUAAGCCCACUGCGGAUAAGCCCGAUACGGCCGCGGCAGCCGGUGUUGGUAGUACUCGCCGCAUCGAUCAUUUCUUUCGAAAAUCAGAUGCUUGAAUAAGUGAGCCUUAGGUUAGAUUGAUUUGUGUUAGUACUUGCAACAAUUCUAAUUUGUCACUGUAACAUGUUUGCUUUAUAUCACUGCAUCAAUUUAGUUUUAUGCAA